AUAUUUUGGAUCGAUUAUGAGUCAGUAUGUCAUUUCUUUGAUGUAUUUUACGUGAACUGGAAUCCUGCAAUGUUCCGAUAUACCUAUGGAUUACACGCGAUGUGGCCAGCAGGCAUUGGACCAGUGAAAGAUCUGUACAGCGUGGCCGAUAAUCCUCAGUAUACACUGGAGAUAAAGAGCAAUGGUUCCACUGUGGUGUGGAUAUUGCUUACUCGUCAUAUAACUGACAAAGUAAGCGCAGAUCAUCAGUUCAUGCAUAUAGUGAUUUUUUUUUAA